GACUUGACGUUUCUCAAUGGACCCCUCUCAGCUGUAGCAUUGCUUACAUCCAUCAGCUGAUUCUUUCUCUACUCCCCCUUUACGAUGCACGUGUGGAUUUCGUAGUUAAUUUAGUUAUCUGGAAAAUAGUGUUAAUAAUUUUUAUAUGUAUAUAUUAACAAAGAGUGAAUUAUAGUUGGGCGAUGACCGACAUGGACUCGCAUCAGUUUAGUGACGCUGAUGAGGAGGAGGAAAUACCAUAUAAGAAUAACUUGGUAAAUAACUUCAAAAAUUUGACAGUCAAACAUGUCAUGUUCAAGGACAUCGAAGAGGAUAAAAUUGAAAAUGACGAGUUCAAUACUAUAAUAGAUGACGCAAGUCCAGACGAACAAGAUGGCAAUGAAGAUGAGGACUAUGAUUACAAUGAAGAUAGUGAGGACGCAUAUGACUAUGAGGAGUCUUACACAGGUUAUCAAAAGCACAAUGGGCAAACAGCGCAAAUUUCAUUAAACCACUCAGGCAAUACAAAUGGUGGCUCUGGUGCACAGUCCAAUCGUCUAAACAGCUAUCAGCCCAAUGAAAAACUCUUACGUCGUUACUCGGCGCGCAUUAAUGUUGAAAAAUAUGAUCCCAAUGCAAAUAUGAGCGCCCAAGCCGCUAAUCGACUGGUCACAUUCGAUCGGCGUCAAGAGGCGGAACGGGUGCGAGUACGUGAUAAGCACGAUCGUGCCACAGCCGAGCAAGUAAUGGAUCCACGCACACGUAUGAUACUGUUCAAAUUAUUAAAUCGUGGUUUCAUACAAGAGAUCAAUGGCUGCAUUUCCACGGGCAAAGAAGCGAAUGUUUAUCAUGGUGUUUCGAAGGACGACGAUGAGUAUGCCAUUAAAAUCUAUAAAACAUCAAUUUUGAUAUUUAAAGAUCGUGACAAGUAUGUAUCAGGUGAAUUUCGAUUCCGUCACGGUUACUGUCGUCAUAAUCCACGCAAAAUGGUGCGCACCUGGGCAGAAAAAGAGAUGCGCAACUAUUUGCGUAUGCAUAAUGCCGGUGUGCCUGUGCCGGAGCCAUUACUCUUGCGUUCACAUGUGCUGGUGAUGAGAUUCUGUGGCAAAAACGGUUGGCCUUCACCAAAACUGAAAGAUGUAGAACUGACUACCUCCAAAGCGCGUGAGCUAUAUCGUGAAUGUGUGGUGCUUAUGUGGCGCAUCUAUAACAAGUGCAAAUUGGUGCAUGCAGAUUUGUCAGAAUUCAAUAUUUUAUUACAAGAUGGCCAGCUGAUAAUUAUCGAUGUCAGUCAGUCGGUAGAACACGAUCAUCCGCAUGCAUUUGACUUUUUGCGUAAAGAUUGUGCCAACAUAUCCGAUUUCUUCCGCAAGCGUUCAGUCGCGACAAUGACUGUAAAAGAGUUGUUUGACUUUAUAACAGAUCAGUCGAUAACAGAAGAAAAUAUGGAGGUAUGUCUGGAGCUUAUAUCUGAAAAAAUUAAAGAUCGCGAUUUUGAGGCGAUCACUGCGCAAGAGAAAAUCGAUGAAGCAGUUUGGCAGAACACUUACAUACCUAAACGCUUAGAUGAGGUGCGUCACUUUGAGCGAGAUGUCGAUAAAGCCAAGAAAGGUGUAAAGCAAGAUCUUAUUUAUGGCAAAAUUACGGGCUUAAACUCGGAGUUAAAUGUACAAGAGAAACCAAAUACCCUGCAUAAGGUCGAAACUGGGAAAGGCAAAUCGCUGAAAAACUCACAUGAUAACAAAGAAAAUACAAUAAAUGCUACAAAAAACACCGAGGACGCGGCUGACUUAGGCGAAGAUGGAGAGAGUGAAGAAGAAGAGUCCGAUGCUGAGGGUGAGACUAGCUUUGUCAAUUCAUCGCGUCCACGCGGCGAAUCCCCUGAUAGCAAAAAGGCUCGUAAAAAGGCCGUUAAAGAGGCAAAGGCGGAAAAACGUAAAGUGAAGGUUAAAAAGCAUGUAAAAAAACGAAAAGAGAAGGUAGCGAACACACGCAAGUAAUGUACAUUUACAUAUACAUAUAUAUGGUUUAAAACCGCACAUUUAUAUUUAAAGUUAGUAAAUUUUUUUUUUUAUAAAUAAAAAAAUAUAAAGAGAAAUGAAAAAGAAAUAUUUUGUAGACUUGCAUGUAAUACCAUCAUUUAUUAUAAUGAAGGCGGCACAAUACUUUAAUUUUUUUAUAAAGAAACGUUUACUAUAUUGUAAAAAAAAUUGUUAAUACAAUCUUUUUAAGAAACGUUUACUAUAAUUUUUUUUAUUAAAUUUGUUUAUAAAUACUAUUAAAAGAAACUAUAUACUAUAAAAAAAACCAUGUAAACGUUUAGUAUAAAAAAAAAAUUUUUGUUUAUAUUGCUUUCCUUAGACGUUUAGAAUAAAAUUUAAUUUUGUUCCUUAAAAAAGUUUGGUAUGAAAAAUACAAGGACAUUUUGUAUAUAAUUAUUUUUCCUCAAACGCUUGGUAUAAAAUAAUUAAAAAACACAUUUUUAUACUCUUGCAACAUGUUGCUACAGAGUAUAAUAGUUGUGUUCGCCUAACGGUUGUUUGUAUCACCUAAAACGAAUAUGGAUGUUCAGUUAUAUAUGUAUAUAUAAAUGAUCAAAUAUGUUCUUAAGUAUACCUCAGCAUCUCAAAAUUAAUCCUUUCUUUGCCCUUAAUACAUCUUAUAUAAUGAAUUCCGACUUUACACCUGACUUUAAGUCGUUCAGGUUGGUAAAAAUGUACGAUAAUUUAAUAAAAUUAAAUGGACAUGUUUUCUUAAAAAUUAUGCUGCUUACCACUGAAUAUGAAUGGAAUUGGUCUAUACCUUGGUCUAAACCUCAUAUCCCUAAUAUAAAGAAUUUCGAUCUUCUAGUUGACUUUUUCCGCAUCAACUCAAUAUAUUACAUUUUGGCUCUUCGGUUGAGUUAAUAUCACAUAUUACUCAUUUAAGGAUGAUUUUUGUAAAAUUUUCGCAGACGGAAAGUAAAAUAAGUUAUAAAACUAAUUGAGUCUAUGACAUAUAAUAUAAGUAAUAAAAUAUCAAAUUUGAUUGUAAUUCAUUCACGAUUGCGUCGAAUAAUGAAUGUUGAACUCUUUCGCAACAUUUUUUAAUACAAAAUUUUGCCAACACCGAUAGGUAUUUCGCUGGCUUUGAGCCUUGCAAGUUGCAAGAGUAUGAAAUGUUCGGUUACACCCAAACUUA